AUGACGCUCGUGUUAGAACGUUGGGUUAGUAGAAUUGUUACGGUCGCAGUGUUGCUGCUGCCGAUCGUAUCCGAUUUAGUAGACGCCAGAACGCCGGCGUUGGCAACCGACGUCAGCAGCUAUUUCGCGAUCGAUGUGGACGACGGUGCCUUGCAAACGCCCGAGCUGAUCCGCAAAUAUGGAUAUGGCGUCGAGAGCCACGAAGCCACCAGCGCCGACGGUUACAUUGUAUCGUUGACGCGUAUUCCACCGAAAAACCCGCGUACCGUCCACCGAUAUCCGAUACUGCUCGUCCACGGGCUUCUGGGCAGUUCGGCCGACUAUCUGGUGAUCGGGCCCAACAACAGUCUAGCGUAUCUGCUGGCCGACCAAGGGUACGAUGUGUGGCUGGCGGAUAUGCGCGGCAAUCGGUACUCGCGGAAGCAUGUGCGCCUCGCGACCAACUCCAGCGACUACUGGGAUUUCAGUUGGCACGAGAUGGGCUACUACGAUCUGCCGGCCAUCAUCGAGUACAUCCUGCGCCGGACGGGCGCCCGGCAGCUCAUCUACAUCGGCCACUCGCAAGGUACGACCGUGUUUUUCGUGAUGGCCUCUGCCAGACCGGAGUACAACGACAGGAUCGCACGGAUGUACGCCCUCUCGCCGGCCGUUUGCCUCAAACGGCUCCGCAGUCCCAUAUCUCGGUGGUUGAUUGACCAUAUGUACCGCCUAAAGGAGCUGUUCGACAACUUUGGAGUGCAACAGUUUCUUCCCCACAGUGCCCUGCAGUAUCAGAUCUCGCGCUUUCUGUGCCCGAUGACUGACGAAAACAACAUUUGCAUGCAGAUUGUGAAUCAGAUGGUUGGCCCGAAUCCCAAAAUGGUGGACAUGAUGGCCAUGCAAAUCCUGACCGGGCACGACCCGUCCGGCGCAUCGGUGAAGCAGCUGAUGCACUUCGCCCAGAUCCAGCGGUCCGGCCAGUUCCGGCAGUACGAUUAUGGUCGGCGCAACAACACCAUCUACUACAGUCACUGGAAGCCGCCGGUUUACAAUCUGUCGGCCGUGACCGCCCCGGUCACCAUUUUCUACGCCCUGAACGACUGGCUGGUCGAUCCGCGUGAUGCGCUGCGGUUCGCGCGACUCCUGCCGAACCGGCCGCUAGCGAAGGCAGUCGAGGACGAGAACUUCAAUCACCUUGACUUUGUGAUGGCCAAAAAUGCGCGCCGUCUCGUGUACGAGCCGAUACUGAGUGAUCUCCAGGAGGUCGAAGAGACCGCGAUGGCGACCAGCGCGUAAACUGACCCAUCCUGACCGUGGAUGUGAGAAUUGAAGUUUGUAACAAGAUUUCGCUUGUAUGCGCCACAUUCCAAAGACAAAUUGGUUUUUUUACAGAGUUAAGCUUUAGAAAGUGAUACAAUGUUUAACGCGUUGCAUUGACGGAAAUUGAUAUCAUUCAAGAAUUCGCACUAAUUUUGAACGUAAAACCGGUACGCACACGAGUGAGUGUAGUGAGUACAGUGAGAAUUUCAUUUUAAAAUUUAAUGCCAACUCAUCGUGAUGUGAAACUCUUGUCGGAGAUAACCAAAUGGCUCAUUUCGCGUCGUUCAGAUGAUAGCUGCAAACCUGACAGCACCCAAGCGCUUCCUGAUCACCGUCACUGCAAUGCACAGCCACUAGGUCAUUCUGUGCGAUCCAGCAUCGAACAAUUACGGUUAUUAAAUAAUCAUCCUCCCAUGAACGGAGAGGUUCUCAGGGGUGAUCGAUAUGCUAUUUUCUUCGCGUUAUUUGCAUUCGCACGAUGAGAAAACCUGAGAUAACAAAUCGGUAGGCUGCGGUGGUGUUGGUUUUUGCUGCUGUUUGUUUCCCUUUCGAACAAACGACGUGGCGUGGCCGCGCACUUAUCGAGAGUGAGAUAGAAAUGUCGUUGGAAUUGGGAGAAAAUUGCCCGUCCGGGAGUAAUUUUCAGAAUCAGAAUGUUGAUUCGAAUUCUUUGCGCCUGGCAAACAGGAUACAGAGACUUCAGCAUCGUUGUCGGGGCUUAUCAAGGCAUUUGUUGCAUUGCUGGGUAAAAUUGCGAUGCAAGAUGAUUGAAACACCCACGCUUCAACCUGUACAUUACUUCACAUUCGUAGAUA